GAAAUUUUAAAAGACAGAAAUAUCAGCUGCUCAAUUUCUCUCACUUCUCCGACCGUCCCAACCCUCUCCCACGCGCCCACCACUCACCAUCCGCCAGCCACCGAUCUCUGACGCCGUUAAUCUCUGCUGGCGUAACUACUUCAAUCACCACCUCCGUUGACUUUCUUAUGUUCCCUUUCAAGACAAAAAGGCAAGUCCAUCCACGGUAAACAGGCGCAUAGGCUGCUUAUUAUGGUAGAUUUUUGUCUGGAUCCUGGAUCAUUUGCUCCUGAGCUUCCAGGAAAUCUGUACUGUUAGAUAUUCCCUUUUUGUCCACAAAUCACCAUUUUUUACCGUGAACAAUAUGCAAAAUAGUGGGAGUCCAUCAAAGAAUAGUUCUUUGAGAUUGAAAUCUCAGCAGUCUCUUCGUCGUCUGGGGCUUUGUUCUCAAAUAGCAAACAGACAGCAAACAUCCCCAGUCGUCUUUCCAGAAAAACGCAGUAGAGGAAAGACUGCUAAAGGAGGUGGCAUUGGUAACAAAAAUGAGGAUCCUAAGAAUGCUAAAAGUGGGGAACACAGGAUUGAUAUUAAAUAUGAACAGUCUGAUUUGCUAGGAUAUGAAGUAUUUACUGGAAAACUGGCUUUGGACAAAAAGAAAUACAAUGAGAAUGCCGAGGCACAAACAUCUAAAGAGAAUGCUAGCCUGGAUGCUGUUGAUGCUAAACUGACAAGCAAGGCAUUGGUUUGGGGUUCGAAGAUGUUGCCCCUUGAAGAUGUGAUUUCGUUAUCACACUGUGUUGGACUAAGGCAUUUUACAGUGCAUGCAUAUCCCUAUCAAAAAGGUUCAUGUGGCAUUUUUAUGAGACGUGGGAAAAGUCGGAAAGACUAUCGCUUUGUAGCUUCUACCUCCGAAGAUGCACUUCAAUGGGUUAAUGCAUUUGCAGAUCAGCAGUGCUAUGUGAAUUGUUUGCCUCAUCCUAUGGCUUCUAAGAAGCAGGGUUCAGAUUCUAUUUUCAACGAAUUCCCUCCUGAGUCAUAUAUCAGAUGUAAAAAUCCGCCGAAAAUGCUUGUAAUUUUAAAUCCUCGGUCUGGACGUGGACGCUCAAGUAAAGUAUUCCAUGGCUUGGUUGAACCUAUAUUCAAACUUGCUGGGUUUGAGUUAGAGGUGGUAAAAACAACAUCUGCUGGUCAUGCUAAGAAACUUGCAGCCAGUGUAGACUUCAGAACAUGCCCUGAUGGUAUUAUCUGUGUUGGAGGUGAUGGAAUCGUGAAUGAGGUUUUGAACGGUUUACUUAGUAGAGACAACCAAAAGGAAGCAAUUUCAAUCCCAAUUGGAAUUAUUCCUGCUGGUUCUGAUAAUUCUCUAGUCUGGACCGUCCUUGGGGUUAGAGAUCCAGUAUCUGCUGCAAUAGCUAUAGUUAAGGGAGGUCUUACUGCCACUGAUGUUUUUGCUGUGGAGUGGAUCCACUCGGGGGCCAUUCACUUUGGGACGACGGUUACAUACUUUGGUUUUGUUAGUGAUGUUUUGGAACUUUCUGAGAAACAUCAGAAACGAUUUGGUCCAUUACGUUACUUUGUUGCCGGAUUUCUCAAAUUCUUAUGCUUGCCAAAAUAUAGUUAUGGAGUGGAGUAUCUUCCAGCCGCGAGUGAAGCUGGGGAGGGAAAAGUAUCACCUGACCUCAAAGUUGUAGACAUGUCGGAGCUCUACACAGAUAUUAUGAGAAGAUCAAGCAAGGAAGGCCUUCCUCGUGCCUCUAGUCUAUCAAGUAUUGAUUCAAUAAUGACCCCAAGUCGAAUGUCUGAGGCAGGCUUGGAUACUACCUGUAGCAGCACUGAGCCAUCCGAGUAUGUGCGUGCCAGAGAUCCAAAGUCAAAACGUCUAUCAGCCGGAAGAAGCAAAUUGACUGCCGACCCAGAGGUUGUCCAUCCUCAGCUACCUCAUUCAGUUACUCCUAGUGGGGCCAGGACCAGGUCAAAAUCGACGGCAGAUAAAGGACGGACCGGAUUGACUGUCACCGUCGAUCCAUAUAGGUCCUCCUGGGGAAAUACAGACAAAGAGGAUAUUUCAUCAACAAUGUCAGAUCCUGGGCCAAUAUGGGAUGCUGAGCCCAGAUGGGACACAGAGCCUAACUGGGAUGUGGAAAAUCCUAUUGAAUUACCUGGGCGAUCAGAGGACUCUGUAGACGGUGAAAAGAAGGAAACUGUACAAAAAUCUGAAGAAAAUUGGAUUGUCACUAAAGGUCAUCUUCUUGGUGUCUUGGUAUGCAAUCACUCGUGUAAAACUGUUCAAAGUUUGAGUUCUCAGGUGGUGGCCCCAAAGGCAGAAUAUGACGACAACACCUUGGAUUUGUUAUUGGUUCGUGGAACUGGACGGCUGAGGCUGUUGAGAUUCUUCUUAUGUCUGCAAAUGGGUAGACACCUUUCGCUGCCUUAUGUUGAAUAUGUUAAGGUCAAGUCAGUCAAGAUUAAACCUGGAAAGCGCACACACAAGGGCUGUGGCAUUGAUGGUGAACUUUUCCCUGUGGAUGGGCAACUGAUGUGUUCCUUACUUCCAGAACAGUGUAGACUUAUUGGCCGAGCACCCGGUUCUAAUAAAUGACUGCUGCAGUAUGAAGAGGCAAGACGAGAAGGCAAUAGCGUAUCUUGAGAAAUCAUUCCCCACGCCUGGUAAUCCUUAAUGCUGUUGCCUUUUCUUUUUUACGAACUAUUAGGUCCUUGUAAAUUUUGUUGAUGUUUUCGUUGCUUCAUUCUUUUUAAAUUAUGGUUCGUUACAUCUACUGGUAUUAUGUUGAUGCUGUUUUUGUAUGGUAUGUGACCGACAAGCUUGUAUUGUGAAGCAAGAAUAUAUUACUUUUCGGGAAAUUAAUUAGUGAGUUUCACGUUUAAUUAA